AUGCCGCAGUCAACAUUUGGUGCAAAGAAAUCAUCCACAAGCAUCAUGGGUUCAAAGCUUCACUCAGUAUUCUCACCUUUGAGAAUCACCCCAUCAAGUGAAAUGCUUCACAGACAGAUGCUUCCAGAUGAACAUGUGUCGACCUUCCUCCUCUGCGACUCCGACGAGGAGAGCGACAGUAUCAGGAAGGAAAGGAGAAUUGCACAAGAUGGUUCGCAUCAAGGAACGAGCUUUGCGACCAGCAUAACGUCUCCAGACAUCGCGGCUGGUAUCAAGAUCGCCUGCUCUGCAGCGGCUCGACAUCAUGAACCAACCAAGAAGAGCGAGGCAAUGUCUUCGUACAGAGUAGCACACAUUUUCGGGAAAGUCUCCGCAGAACGCUCGCUCCAUCUCAGGACAGCCAGCCGCGAUGGCGCGAUUACCACUAAUUCUUUCGACUGGAAUUCGAAUGAUCCUUACGCGGGGUCUGCCGAGUGCGGUAUCCCCAGACCAGACUCACCAACCAUAUGA